AUGAUCAAUAAUCGUCUCGUGCACAUCCUUGAAACAAGAAACCUGCUUUACAAUCAACAAUAUGCGUUCCGGAAAGGAAGGAGCACUGUUGAUCACCUCUGUACACUCGAAGAGAUAAUUCGCGAGGCGUUCAACAAAAACGAAAUAGUCCAAGUUGCUUUCAUGGAUAUACGCAAAGCGUACGACACAACGUGGCGCAGACUAUGCUUAAAUCAGUUGGCGCACUACAACAUCGGUGGGAAAAUGCUGCGAUUUCUAGAAGAAAUGCUUCGAACAAGAUCGUUCCAAGUUAUGAUAAACGGGAAAACUUCAGGAGACAAGCAAAUGGAAACCGGUCUGUGCCAAGGCUCGGUGCUCAGUGUGACAAUGUUCCUGGUAGCCAUAAACACACUCACCACUUACCUUCCUUCCAAUGUUAAGUGCCUGAUAUAUGCUGAUGACGUUAUAUUAAUAACAACCGGUUGUGAUGCCAAAAAUACAGAAGGUAAGCUUCAGUUAGCCUUCAAUCAACUUGAAAACUGGGAAGCUAAAACAGGAUUUAGCAUAUCAGCCGAAAAGAGUGCAACCGUAGUAUUUCGUAAACCACAUCAAAGAAAACCGAAAAAUCUGAACACACUGAAAAUUAAUGGAAUAAGCGUGCCUCGUAGGGAGAGCUACAAAUGCUUAGGAGUCAUUUUCGACCAGCAUCUGAAAUUUAGGGCCCAUGCCGAAGAAGUAAGAGCAGCUUGUCAGCAGAGAGUUAAUUUUCUUCGCAGCAUAGCUGCUAGGUCUUGGGGAGGAGACCGGAAUACCCUGAUCAAACUUUACCGCUCAACUAUCAUAGAAAAACUACUAUAUGCAGCUCCAAUACUAUCGGGUAUGGACAGUAAAGCUCUUAAGUCUUUAGAAACGGUGCACAAUGCAGGAUUACGAGCAAUCGUUGGUGCGUUUCGAACAAGUCCUGUACUAAGCCUCCAAGCAGAGACUGGAAUCCCAAGCCUGAAAACCCUAAUAGACCAGCGAACCAUGCAGUACACAGUUCGAUCCACAGCUGUCAGCAACAUAGAGCAUAACAUUGAUCCUGGCGUUAUUGCAAUAAACGAUAGCAUGAGUAAUCCUAGCAGUAUUAGCAGCAACAGUGACAAUGAUUCAAGCUCAGAUGAAAGAUACGGUGAACGACCUAGAAAUCAACCAAAUUCUUCCCUAAUCAGAGGCCAAGAGAUGAUGUCCGAUCUAGAAUUAUACUUUCCGAGAACAGUUGUCUUCAAAACUCCAACAUGCCCACCAUGGUUACGAGUUAAACUGCAGGUAGAUAAAACUCUUCAUAGUGAACUAUCCCAAGGGGCAACGUCCAUGGACCUUAAACACGUGUUCAAUGAACUCCGGCAAACGAAAUAUGGCAUUUAUAGAACAGUAUAUACAGAUGGAUCCAAACAGGGUUCAAAAUGUGGAUACGGUAUCGUCAGCGAAGAUUUUAGGUUCCAAAAGCGGCUUAACGACAUUUGCAGCAUCUACGCAGCUGAAACUGAAGCCGUAAAACAAGCACUCUCAUGGAUAGUGGACCAAAGACUUGCUCGAGCCUAUCUAAUAUGCACAGACUCUAUGAGUGUGGUGACGAACUUGGAAAAGUGCAAGAUCAACUCCCGGUGGAAAGACAACAUACAAAAUUUACAUUACCAGAUUGUUGCAAUGGGAGCAGAAGUAAUCUUUUGCUGGGUCCCUGCCCAUAUUGGAAUCUCUGGAAACGAAAUGGCUGACCAUGAGGCGAAAAAAUCUUUAGAGCUCCCACAGGAUGAUCAGCAAAUUAUUGAUUUUAAAGAAACCCGAAAAAUUAUAAAAUCGACAACCAUAAACAAAUGGCAAAUGCAUUGGCACGCAAACCUUAACAACAAACUACGUGAAGUUAAAAACACGGUUCUACCUUUCAAAGCAGCAUUUACCGGAAAUAGAAAGGAUGAUGUUAUUCUAGCACGUCUCCGGAUAGGACACACUCUAUUAACGCAUGCGUACCUGAUGGACAGAACUGAUCACCCACGGUGUCCGAGAUGCAACGAACCAAUGACAGUCAAACAUAUUAUUGCAACUUGUGCCCAGUUAGACGCGGACCGGCACAUUCAUGGUGUUCCGGGAAACAUCAGAGAAGCGUUAGCAGACGAUAAAGAAAAAGCAAAGAAAGUGUUAGAGUUCCUUAAAACAAUUCAGCUGUACGAUAGAAUCUAA